AUUGCACACAGCUGUUUCCACAGAGAAAGUUUAGUCAAAGUAACCAAGUGUGUAAAUUCUUCUUUUAAAGGUGCAGCUGUGGACGAUGUAAUCUGAAAUGUGACAGUUUCAGGAGAGAAAACGAGUAGGAAACGAAACAUAAAGCCACGUGUUUCAGCUGCUGUGUGAUAGUGCUGCACAUUUGUCAACAGUGUCUUCUUCCUCAGUCAGAAGAAAGUUGUUGGUCGCCGGCUGCCAUGUGAUCCGUCUGCCGAACCCCAGCCAGAAUGUCAGCCGUCAUUUGUAGCCUGUUUCUCGAGUUAGCCGGUGAGCAGGCAGUUACAGCGGGGAACACCAUGCGCUCCUUAGCGGGACUAGCUAUCAUUGUGGCGGCAGCAAGUGUCUACCUCUACCUGCUGUCGACUCAUCUUCCCCCGGGACCGAAACAGCCUCAGCCGGACUCCGAGGGGGAGGACGAGGGGGUCCAGGAGUUCAGGCUGAAGUUCCCUUCUGACCUAGAUGAGCUGCGGGACCUCGCAGAGAUGCUCAAAUUUUAUAAAAGAGAACAUCAUGGCUACGUUCUGCUGCUGUUCUGUAGUGCCUACCUGUACAAACAGUCUUUCGCCAUACCUGGCUCCUCCUUUCUGAACAUGCUAGCCGGUGCGAUAUUCGGGCCCUGGGAGGGUCUGGUUUUGGCCUGCCUGCUCGCCACCACAGGCUCCACAUUCUGCUUCCUGCUCUCCUCUACGUUUGGAAAGCAGCACGUGGUUCAGCUCUUCCCUGAGAAGGUGGCCCUGCUGCAGAUGAAGGUGGAGCAAAAUCGCAGCAGUUUAUUUUUCUUUCUACUUUUCCUUCGUUUCUUCCCUAUGACUCCUAACUGGUUCCUUAACAUCACCUGUCCCGUCCUCAACAUCCCUAUACCUAUUUUCUUCUUCUCUGUACUCAUAGGUUUGAUUCCCUACAACUUCAUCUGCGUUCGUACGGGCUCCAUACUCUCCGAGAUCUCCUCUCUGGACGACAUCUUCUCCUGGAGCACACUGGCACAGCUCCUGGCCAUCGCCCUCAUGGCUCUCGUCCCUGGAGCGCUGAUCAAACGCUACAGCAAAAAUCACCUCAAGAUGGAUGGCAUGGACAGCAACGGAACCAGUCAGGCUGAAAUUAAGCAGGACCGGAAGAGACGGUGAUUCUGGGUUAAAGGAGGACCCUAAAUGCAACUUGGUGUCAGAAGAAUUAAGGUGAGGAAAAGCUCUCCAUUGGUAGGCAUGUGACCUUUUGUCCACUCCAGCCUUGAGAUUUCUGUAAGGUCACACCAGAAGUUCAUCAUACAUAUAGUAGUGAUGGUAUGAUCUGUUCUGAAAGUUUAGAAAUGUCCUCAGGUCAUGUUACACCAGACUUCAAGGUUAAAGUUUAUGAUCUCUCACUGCUAAUGCACACAGCAGACUUCCUCUAAGAUGAAAGGAUCAACUCUAAAAUGAAUGAAAUUACCUUGAUUCUCCUUGAAAACUCUCUCACUGAAAUGAUCUCUGUGAUCUCAGUGAAAUUGUGAGUGAAACAGAUGGUUGACUGCUGUCAUACUGUCAGUCUCCAUCUCAGGGCAGACCAAAGGCUGCCUAUCAUGCAGUAAUCUAGUGAUCUGUUGUGCGUCAUGAGAUUUUUGUCAGAUUGGAAGUAGUGCCUUAAAGUGCUGCCUGAUGGCUUUGAUCGUAAAAUAUUACCUUUUCAUUUGUGCCCAAAGUGAUCUUAUUUUUUUAUGCUUAUAAUGAACAGAAUUGACAGUAACCAAGGUGUUAGUGUUCCACAGUUGUUUCUCUACAGAAUUCUGACCUUCUGUCCAGGGUGCUGCAACCGUUAGUUAUCACAUAGGGCUUUAAAAGUAAUUUGCUCUCUGUAAUAAAUAUACACUGGAGAGCUGCACAAGAAGCCCCACUUGACCCUGCUGUAGAGAAGUUCUGGCUUGCACACUUUGGAUACCCUCAUCCCCUUAUUUUGUCCUUUGUUGAUUUUUACACUCUGCUCUGGAUUAUGGAGACCAGACAGUUAACUAGCUAGACAAUAAUAAUUUAUUCUCCUUUAAUAUGUUUACUCAGUAAUGCAGUUUGCAGCCAUACAGUUCCAGAAACGUCAUUGGAAAAACUGUCAUGUUUUAGGAUAUUUAUUUUCAAAAUGUCGAGUUUGAGUGUCUAUCUGUCUUUUCCCAAAGCACUUACUUUUGUGUCUUAAGUCGUAGCUCUGACUGCAUUCACAGAGGAGUUUUACAGUAGCUCUGUGCAGAGCAGUUGUGAUCUUCUCAUGAUGGUUUCUGUGACACAGGGAAAGUGCCAAAAUCAGACUACUGAGAAACUCAAGGAUGUCAGUGUCAUGGCUGGUAACUGAUUUCACAGCCUGCCUGAUUUUCACACACACAUCACUUUGUCGCAGUCAAGCACAAUGGGGAUUUUUUACUGUAGGCAUCUGUACAUGUCUACUACCAGAUAAGGCAAAUUACCUUGCUCAAGAGCACUUACUAUCACCUGUGGGAGAGGUUAAGUAACAUACCUCUUCACUAAACUCAGGGUUUUACAGUGAAGAAGCAAAUAAUUCAUAAGUAGAUACAAUAUGGAUGCAUGUGCUAAGCCAGUGGAAGUUAGCAUACAUAAAGGCUUAAUGAUUUCACCUUAUGAAAGAAAAGCACAGCUUCCCAUUCCCGCGUUGAAAUAGUAUUUAUUUUGCAGAUAGUUACGAGAAGAUCACAUCUGUUUCUCCUGUGAAUGAGAGGCUUUUAUCUGAGGCAGGUGAUGCACUUUGUGUCUGUUGCUCAGUGUAACUGGUUUACUGUUUAAUUUUGAUAAACCUCAAUUGUACUAUUUAUUUUUCAGAGCAGAAAGUCUGUAGAAAAUAGUCUUAAGUUAUAGCUUCUUAUCAAAAACAUGAACAUGAGCAACUAAUUAGUCUGCUCUAACUUGCAAAUCCAGCAGAAAACUGUAUACUAAACUGUAUAUUUUAGAUGAAUCAUUGUUAACCUAAUUUCAAGAUAUGUUUAAUUUUGGAUAUAAAAUCUUAUAUUUUAUCCAGACAGUGUAGUGAAUUUGCAAUAUUUAAAGGUAUGGAGUGUUGUCACAUCACUCUGUGAGCUUGGUCAUUCUGCUGUUUUGUAAAUGUGAAAAAGACCCAAAGUGCCAGAUUCA